UGGCAUUACCAUGGAGCUUCCAGAGGCCCACAGACGCGGCUCGUCGCCCCGGCAACUGGGGCGCCCAACACCCUACCCGGCUGGAGGCGGCAAAAGCGGCCGCCAUGGUGUCCAACCCUGUGCAUGGCCUGCCCUUUCUCCCGGGCUCGUCCUUUAGGGACCCCACGAAAACAGCAUUUCAUAGAAGCCAGACACUGGGCUACAGGAAUGGCUAUGCAGUUGUUCGACGUCCAACAGUUGGGAUAGGCGGGGACCGGCUUCCAGUCAACCAGCUGUCCCAGGCUGAGCUGGAUGAGUUGGCCAACAAGGCACCAGUUCUAACUUAUGGCCAACCUAAGCAGGCCCCACCUGCAGAAUUUAUUCCUGCACAUGUGGCUUUUGACAAAAAGGUGCUGAAAUUUGAUGCUUAUUUUCAAGAAGAUGUUCCUAUGUCAACUGAGGAACAUUAUAGGAUUCGUCAAGUGAACAUUUACUACUACCUGGAAGAUGACAGCAUGUCUGUCAUGGAGCCUGUUGUGGAAAACUCUGGAAUCCUUCAAGGCAAGUUAAUCAAACGCCAGCGGCUCGCCAAGAAUGACCAGGGAAAUCAUUACCAUUGGAAAGACCUCAAUCGAGGAAUAAACAUUACAAUUUAUGGCAGAACCUUCCGCCUUGUUGACUGUGACCGAUUCACACAGGUAUUUUUGGAAAGUCAAGGAAUUGAAUUAAAUCCACCAGAGAAGAUGGCUCUUGAUCCUUACACUGAACUCCGCAAACAGCCUCUUCGUAAGUAUGUCACCCCGUCAGACUUUGACCAACUGAAGCAGUUUCUCACCUUUGACAAACAAGUUCUUCGAUUCUAUGCAAUCUGGGAUGAUACAGACAGCAUGUUUGGUGAAUGUCGGAACUAUAUCAUUCAUUACUAUCUUAUGGAUGACACAGUUGAAAUUCGAGAAGUCCAUGAACGGAAUGACGGGCGAGAUCCUUUCCCACUCCUGAUGAACCGCCAGCGCAUGCCAAAAGUUUUGGUGGAGAACGCAAAGAACUUUCCUCAGUGUGUGCUGGAAAUCUCCGAUCAAGAGGUGUUGGAAUGGUAUACUGCCAAAGACUUCAUCGUGGGAAAACCGAUCACUAUCCUUGGGAGAACCUUCUUCAUUUAUGACUGUGAUCCUUUUACUCGGCAGUAUUACAAAGAAAAGUUUGGAAUCUCUGAUUUACCACGAAUUGACGUGAGCAAGAAGGAACCACCUCCUGUGAAACAGGAAUUACCUCCUUAUAACGGCUAUGGACUAGUUGAAGACUCUGCUCAGAAUUGCUUUGUUCUCAUUCCAAAAGCUCCAAAAAAAGAUGUUAUGAAAAUGCUGAUGGACGAUAACAAGGUGCUUCGUUAUUUGGCUGCACUGGACUCUCCCAUCCCAGAAGACAAAGACCGCCGAUUUGUCUUCUCUUAUUUUCUAGCCAGUGACAUGAUCAGUAUCUUUGAGCCGCCUGUUCGCAAUUCUGGCAUCAUUGGUGGCAAGUACCUUGGCAGAACUAAAGUUGUUAAGCCGUCCUCGUCAGUGGAAAACCCCAUCUACUAUGGCCCUACUGACUUCUUCAUUGGUGCUGUGAUUGAGGUGUUUGGCCACCGGUUCAUCAUCCUUGAUACAGAUGACUAUGUUUUGAAGUACAUGGAGAGCAAUGCUGCCCAGUAUUCGCCAGAAGCACUCUUGUCCAUUCAGAACCGUGUUCAAAAGCGAGAAGCUCCUGCACCGGAAUUGGAAAACAAGCAAACUAAAGAGGACCUGGGUGAGCAAGAACUGGAAGCAUUAAUAGACACAAUCCAGAAGCAACUGAAACAUCAUCCAUGCAAAGACAACAUUCGUGAAGCAUUUCAAAUUUAUGACAAGGAAGCUUCAGGAUAUGUGGACAAAGAAAUGUUCUUUAAAAUCUGUGACUCUCUCCACCUCCCAGUUGAUGAUUCUUUGAUUAAGGAGUUGAUCAGGGUGUGCUCUCACGGAGAAGACAAGAUUAACUACUCUAACUUUGUUCGUGCUUUUUCAAACGGACCUGGCUGAUGAGAGAAUGCAGUAUCGUUUGGAGGUUGGACCUACAUUUUGAAACACCUCCUACUUUUCAGAGAGGCAUUUACAGAACUCUUAAAAUAUAGGAACCAAAAAAACAUAACUUUAAUACUAAAGUCUAAAUUAAAUUGGAUCUUUA